AUGAAGGUCAAGCUUAGGGUCCCGCUCGCCUCGACACCUCGCCAGACGGCCUCUCCGCUCUCCAACGCCAGAGGGCCAGACGAGAUGGACGAGGACGACGCAGCAUCCCCACAGCAGCUGCAGCUGCACCAGCAGCAAGCAGCUCUUGCCGGAACCUCGGAACCAGCGUCCGAAGACGAUGACGACGAAGACGAUGAGGAGGUCGAUGAGGAAGACGAGGGCGACGAGCUCGACGAGCUCGACGAGCUGGAAGACGAGAUGCCCGCACCGCCCGCCACCACGUCCAACCAGGUAUCGCCCAAGCGCAGCCGGAUCACCGUCAAGCCAAGAGCACCAAAAGGCCACGCUGACGCCGCCUCGCCCUCGCCAACACCUUCGUCGAACGCCAGGGAAGGCGGAUCAACCGAGAGCCCGCGCGGCACGCCCUCGGAACGGGCCAGGAUCCUCACGGGCAAGAGGGCGGCGGCAGCGCGCCAGGAAGAGGCGGCGCGCAUGACAAAGGAGGAGCUCGAUGCGCUGCCCGCCGCCAAGCGGCGCAAGAGCCACAAGGCGCGAGGUGCUCCUGGUCCGGGACGAGGAUGGAGAAAGGGCCUGACAAAGGGACAGAAGCCGGUCUACGAGCUGCCGGCAAGCGCACUGCCAGAAGCAGGGUCGACGCCGACGACGUUUGGCAACACCACGUCCUCGGCUAGAGCCUCGCCGCAGGUGGGCAGGUCGGGCGGCGAGGGCUCUGGCAAGCGGGCGGCGCAGUCGGCGGCCGUGGCCACGGUCAAGAUCCAGGACGCCAGCGGCACGCGCACCCACGUCAGCGACCUGUCUGCCAAGGCGGGCACGGCCAAGAACCCAGGCUUCCGCUACCCGCCCCUGCCCAGCAGCCGUGGCGGCCCUCCGAUCCUGCCCAUCUCCAAGAUCCCCAUCACCUUCCAGGCGUCGGCGUCGAUGGACAAGAAGAAGGAGCCGCGCACCUGGAACAAGGGCAAGCGUGAGUUCCUCAGCCUCGGUGGGCGGCUCUGGAGCGUGCCGACGUGGUACGGCGGCGAAGACAGGGGCUUUGAGAAGAAGAUUGAUCCGACGAUAGCGCCGCUGCUGGCGCAGUCGACGACAACCAACGCAUCGCUGCUCGCCGCCGCCAACGCGGCCAAGGGCACGCCGACGCCGACGCCGGCACCGGGACAAGCGGCGCCGAGCACACCGAGCGCGGGCCGGAAGACUGGGGCGACCUCCGCGACGACUGCGUCGGCCGCGGCCGCCGCGUCGAGGCUCUCGCCGGACAAGGCGACCGAGCGUUCUGAGACGCCGCUGAGCAACGCUGGCGGGGCGAGGCGCGCCACGACGACGACGGGCACCGUCUCACCGCUGCCGCCGCCGCGCCACAUUGGUGCGGUCAGGGAGGACGUGAGCUGGAGAGGUCAGAGCCCGGCGUUCUUGGCCGGGGGUCGGUGA